CGGCGGGACGGACAGUUGAUGUUCGUGCGCCGAGAGGACGACACAUCCGCUACUCGCCUCUUAUAAAAGUGUAUAUAACAGUGAUACGUUAAACAAUCCUACGUGAUACCAGUACGUGGAUAAUAAAAGGAUUCAUCUCAAAAUAGUAGUUUAAAACGGAGCAACAUCAACCAUGAAAUACUCCAUAAGGUUGCAGUUGCUGACAUGCUUAGUGUACGCGAGCUGCGUGCAUGGUAUCAUGAUAAAGUACGGCACGAAAGGGGGGCCGAUAGAGCCUCCAACGCCGGAACCGACACCCGCCCCGCAGCCCUACAGGAUACCAGCACCAGUAUGGGAAGAUCGUAGUGACGACUCACCUGAUCCCAACGCCACUUGGCGACCUCCAUUCUUCAGACCACAGCCGAGAUACACUGAAGUUAUCUACAAGGUUCCUUCGCAGACUGUUAACAGCGCUCAAAGCUUUGUCAAUUCGUAUCUACCAAAUCAACCACUUAAAGCUGAAACUGUUAGGAAUUAUUUCACACCGGCGCAAAUACUUACUUCCCAAAAUUUACCCGGAGUUGGCAUCAGAUAUUUCAUACCCGCAUAUCAUCACAACCAACAUGUUAAAACGCAUAAGAAACAAGAUGAUGCGAAACACAAUGAUAUCGAAACAAAUGAAAUCGAUGAUUCUUACGACGAUGACGCUCCUAGUGAUGUACAAUGGAAAUUUGAGAAGAAUGCAGCGAAAAGCAGUCAACAAACUAGUUCAGAAGGCACAGCUCGACCCGUUUACCGCUGGCCAGUGUACGUACAACCCAGACAUUAACGACGUUCAAAAGUUAUUUAAUUAUUAAAAUUGUCAGUGGUCAAGUUACUAUAAAGCCAUUAGACAUAAAUGUUAAAGAUGAAGACAGUAACAAAAUCCGCUAAGAUUAGGCAAAGUGUACGGUACAGAAUUAUUAUUGUGAUUUUAAUAUAGACAAGUAGAAUAAGUAAAAAGUGCCAGAAUUUUUAAAUACAAUCAAUUGUCAAUUGAAGCACUUGAAGAUUAUCAAUGAUUUUUUUUAUAUAUCUUAGUACUAUAAAUAGUUUGUUGCGAUAAUUGUGCCAAUAGUGACACAUACAAGCUGAAGUACGAUUCGCGUGAUUGAGUUGAAGUAAAGGGCUACGUGGAUAUUAAUUACAUAGUCAUGCAAUCGACUGACACAAGAAGACAUCUCGAGCGUGUCGGGACACCUGCUAUGAUCCUAACCUUGAUACAACACGACCACUUACCCAAUUAAAUAAUUUAUCAAUCUAUAAAUAAAUUUAAAGUAAAAGAAAAUAACAAAUGUAACAAUAAAAAACAACUUGACUUAAAUUUUGUAACCUAUGUGUAAUUAUAAUUAGGAUUUUUUACAAUACAAGAUUUUAGAAUUUCAUGACUCCUUUCCAAACUAAAAUUGCAACAAUUUUUCCUUAAAUAGUUUAAACUUUUGUGAGUUAUUAUUAUAACUAAAUCUUUAACUGCUAGUACUCAAGUCUAUUUUUCCGGUGGCGGCACCGACUAAUUUCGGACUCAUCGGGGGUCCAUCUAUUUCUUGUUUUUUGGGAUUAAAUACUAGGCUGUAUUACACAAAAAAAUACAAGACCCUUUAAUAGACCCUCUGUUGAGAUUGUAGACGUCAGCCUGGUCAUAUAUUUUACCAUAAAUAUAUAUCAAUACCGCAUUUGGUAUAAGUACUUUGUUAUAUAUUGAUUGAGAUGCAUUGCACAAGCCGACGCAUAAUAAAGUUUUUAAUAAUCAUGAUUUUAUAGUAUAAAAGAGUUGACGAAAGUCCAAGCUAAGAUGAAUUUGGAACACUGUCUUAUUUUUUUAUCGUAAGGAUCUAAGUAUGCAGUUGAUUUUAUUUUAUAUUUUUUUUGUUAGAAACGCUUUUGCUUUUGAUCAUAUGGCUCUGUUUGAAAAAAUCAGGCAAACAAAAUGAUGAAUUGAGGUGAUUUUUAAUUUUUAAAACUUUUAUAAUGUUUUUUAAUUCUACAUUUAUUCGGUUGCUUUUAUUUAUAUAUUUUAAAUAUUCUACUUUUCUUAACACCAUAGCAAUUUGUUACGGUAAGGUAUCAGUAUUCAGAUGUAUGUUUUUUUAUAGUAUUGCCGUUAUAUAAUAUCUAUUGUUCCAUUCCUUUGUGUACCUGAAAGUUUUGUUAUGUCAUUAGAUGCAUCAUCAUUUUGUCGUUUGCUUAAACUAACGACAAGGGAAUGCUUUGUAGAAAUAGAUUAAGAGAAACGACUCCUAUUUAUAAAUCUAAACGGAACUCUUUUGGAGAAUCUCUUUUGGAGAAUCUCUUUUGUUAAAAUCAUAGCUAUUCUGACGUAACGAAGUUGCAAUUUUCGAUUUUUUACUAUCUUAGUGAUUCGUCUUUAAAAUGUGUUAAUGACAGAAGAAUGAUUGUUUGUAGUUUUU